AAUUUGGUAACACCGGGUACCACUUCUGGUUCAGGCUCCGUUCGGUCAACAUCCACUGCUACCAGACGAUCGACAAUGGCAGACCUCGGCGGCAAGGAUGUUGAAAGGGCAGAAUUCGCCUUCUCCAUUUACGACGAUGACGGCACCAACGUCAUCGACGCGGUUAAUCUUGGCAACGUCCUUCGCGCGCUGAACUUGAACCCCACAAAUGCGACCAUCGAAAAGAUGGGCGGCACGAAGAAGAAGGGCGAGAAGAAGAUGAAACUGGACGAAUUCCUGCCUAUCUUCAGCCAGUGCAAAAAGGACAAGGAGCAGGGGUGCUUCGAAGACUUCCUCGAGUGUUUGAAGCUGUACGAUAAGCAGGAGAACGGAAUGAUGCUCGGCGCGGAAUUGUCCCACACACUUCUGUCACUUGGCGAGCGUCUUAAUGACGAAGAGUGCGAUAUAGUUAUAAAGGACUGCAUGGACCCAGAAGACGAGGACGGUUUCAUCCCCUAUGCCCCCUUCUUGAAGAAGAUGAUGGUGCUGUUGUAAGCGGUCGAGGUGUAAUCGCGACAAUGAUCGUCCAUCCGUUCCUUCGUAGACUGUGUGAGAGGGCGGCAGCAUCAAGCGACGAUUAGUAGGAUGAUCAACGUCUACGCCAAGCCAGGCUCCACGUCGACGAUGGACACAUUCGCCAUAUUCGCUCGUCACAUUCACCACUCCUCUCAUCCCCCCCCCGCUGGAUCAUGCGAGGAUCCAUUUGACAAUUUGCAAACCACGAUCCUGAAAUCAGCAACAUCAAGGCGUCAGCAGCACCUCACUGAGAGAAGAGCAAGACGGGGAGAAGACCCGUGGCAAGAUACCGGUCAAGUACAAAAAGAAAAUAGCACUUUAUCUCGAAUGCGCGCGACAUCGUUAUCUGAUUCGGCCUCACACGAUGUAGCGUCCUUAAAUUUACAUUAACGCAAAAUGCACCCCGACACAGCAGCAUUGUACAAAGUCAGAUGAAACGGUCGAUAUUGAUUUACUUCUUACUGUAAUAAAUCGCUCCUCUCGAGCCAACGGAGA